ACGCGCAACUCACUCUGCCUUUAAAUCCCCACUACCCUUCCCACCCUCUCACACUUACGUCUGCUUGCUCUCUCCCACUCAUCAAUUCUGAAAAACCAGGGAGAAAAAAAAUAACCGACUAGUUUCUCAGAGAAAAACCAACCCACCAUGGCCAAGAAGAAGAACGGCGGCGGCAACAACAAUGCCGGCGACAACGCGGCCAGCAACGAAGGUGGUGAGAAGAAGAAGGGCGACGGAGGUGAGAAGAAGGAGGAAACCCCCAUCACCGUCAUCCUCAAGGUUGACAUGCACUGUGAGGGCUGCGCUACUAAGAUUGUCAAAUGCGUCAAAUCUUUUGGAGACGUGGAGACAGUGAAGUCAGAGAGCGAGGCGAACAAGCUGACGGUGGUCGGCAAAGUGGACCCCACCAAGCUCCGGGACAAGGUCGCCGCCAAGACCAAGAAGAAGGUCGACCUCGUCUCCCCCCAGCCCAAAAAGGACACCAACAAAGACGACGGCGGCGACGCCAAGAAAAAGCAGCCGGAGAAAUCCAACGACGACAAAAAACCCAAAGAGCCUCCGGUGACGACGGCGGUUCUGAAGCUGAACCUCCACUGCCAGGGAUGCAUCAAGAAGAUCCACAAGAUUGUCACCAAGACUAAAGGGUUCAACGACAUGAGCGUCGACAAGGAGAAGGAGCUGGUGACAGUGAAGGGCUCGAUGGACAUGAAGGUGUUGGCGGAGAGCUUGAAGGAGAAGCUGAAGAGGUCGGUCGACAUUGUCCCGCCGAAGAAAGAGAAGGAGAAGGGCGACAAUGGCGGCGGUGGCGGCGGAGAUAAGAAGAAAAAGGAGGGGGAGGAAGGAAAUGGUGGUGGGAAGCUUGAGGGAAACAAGAUGGAUUUUCCAGUGGGUCAGACCGGGUACUGGCAGCAGAUUCCAUACGAGAUGGCAUACGGGCCUGGAUACGGAGCACCCGGAAACCCGAUUCCGCCUCCACCGAUGUACAUUGGCCAUCCGCCAGAGAUGUUCAGCGAUGAGAACCCUAAUGCCUGCUCAAUUAUGUGAAGAAAGUGCUGUAUUAAGAAGCGAUUAGAGUUUAAUCAGAAGUUGAUACGAUGAAGAAGAAAAGGAAGUGUAAAUAAGUGAAUAGACAGUGGUAGAUAUGAGAGAAAUUUUGGUGGGUCGGGUUCGUCUCUGAACCGGGUUGGCUAAUAGAAAUCAGAAAUAUGCUACUUUUGGGUUCCCUUCGGAUGUUAGUUUUGGAACGCUACGAUUUGUUUUGUUGUUAUUAACCUAAGGUUGUGAUCUGCUUUAUUGAUGCUCAUGUUACUAUGUUGGUUACAA